CCCAAGACAAUUUGUAGGCUAUCAACUUUAAAUUUAUAUAUAUACAUGCACGCAGAGAAUUCGCAUAUUUUAAGAAGCUGAAGAUUUUAAUCUGAUUUUACAUAUGUUAAGAAGGAAAAUGGCAAGCCACGAUAACAUGUACAGCUCUGAUGGUGCUUCCGGACAACCUCAGCUGAGGAGGGAUGAUAAUCAGGCGCAGAACACUGAUUUCCUUAACCAGACCGGAGAACAGGUGAAAACGAUGGCGCAUGGAGCGGCUGAUGUAGCGUCAGGAGCGGUGCAGGGAACUAUUUUUCUGGCACAGGGGACUGCUUCUGGAGCAGCCAAUGUUGCUCAAGGUGCUUCUGAUGUCCUGAGGAAUACUUUCGGAACAGGAGGAGAAGCCUCCAGUCCCUCUCCUCAAAACCACAGUGGCAAGCAAAAUUAAUCUCAGACUUCCUGACUAGUUCAUCAGGCCACAUACUUUUGUUAGUUUCGUUUUUGUAACUUUCAAUAAACCUGUUGUAGUUCUAUCGUACGUAUCCAUCAAUAAAUCUUAUUUGGCGAAAGAGCACAAGC